CUGCCGCCCUAACCCGCCGGUGCUCUCUCCUCAUCGCCGGUAAUCUCUCCUCCUCGCCGUCCCGCUUGAACCGGUACUCUCUCCUCCUCUUCGCCGCCUUCUCUCAUCACUCAGCAGGUAGUUUUGAGAAAAUGCAAGAGAUUUGGUGACUAAAAUAAUUACAAGGGGGGAAAAAGACUUGUUUCGAUAACAAAGAAGCUAUGCGAUAUACCAAGUACUGUGCUGAUUAUUGAGCUUCUCAGUUUGGAGUUUAUACAGUCUCCGUCUAUAAAUUGGCUCUGUUGAAGAUGCUGAAGUCAUUAGUUUUGAAAGCUAGUUCUAAACAUAACGUUCUCUAUCUAAUCCAAUUCAAACAACAGCGAGGAUUGCACAAUAGAAAUAAGAUGGCAAUGGAAUAUAUUGCAAAAGGGUGGAAUGCGUUGAAGGAGGUUGAUAGGGUGAUUGACUACUGCGAACCUAGAGAUAAACGUCUCAUUCCUCACCUUAAGACCGCAAAGGAUAAUUUUGAAAUGGCUCUGGAAGUUGAUAAUUCAAACACCCAUGCCAGAUAUUGGUUAUCCAGACUGCACCUGAAAUACCAUGUGCCUGGGCAAUGUAAAGCUAUAGGAGCUGCUUUAUUGGUGGAAGCGGCAGAUAUGGGCGAUGCAGAUGCUCAAUAUGAAUUGGGUCGUAAUUUAAGAAUUGAGAAUGAAGGUGUUGACACGGAUCAACAAGCUUUUUAUUAUUUGGAGAAGGCAGCGGACCAGCUGCAACCGGAUGCCCUCUACCUUCUAGGAGCUGUCUAUUUGACAGGCGACUGUGUUAAGAAAGAUAUUGCCUCAGCGUUGUGGUGUUUUCAUAGAGCUUCAGAGAAGGGUCAUGCCGGGGCGGCAGUAGCCUGUGGAUCCCUUCUUCUUAGAGGCUAUGAACCUCCCGCAUCUAUAACAAAGUUCAAUCUAAAGAACGGGCUUCCGAGUAGGAAGCCAAGGAAGAAAACAAGCGAACCCAAGCCUAAUCCAAUUGAAUUGGCAAGAGAGCAAUUUGAGAAUGCUGCAAAAUUAGGAAAUGAUCUUGGAUUUAGAUGGUUAAAAAGAAUCGAGGAGGAAGAGAAGCGUAUCCUGGCUGCAUAAAAGACGGUAGAGAUACAUAUCAGACCUUAUACAUGCUACAGAUAAAAAUGGGCACAAUCUACAGGUACCGUCUUUGCUCAUUAUGAACAUUACUUCUUGCUUAAUACAUGUACCUUAUGCAUAAACACAACUCUGCCUAUUUAGCAUAUUAUAUGCUACUUUUAACUGUUUGCCACCCAGUGCUUUUAAAUAUAGUAGAUGGAUUUGUCCAAAAUCCCAGUUUACUUUUUGGAUCU